AUGAAUGCAUUCCUAUUGAUGAUAUGUAUAGCACUGACAAAUUAAACAGGUAAGAUAAUUAUACAAUUAUAUGAGUGAGAUAUAUUGGAUUGAAUGAGGUAGUAGAUGAUGCUAUUGAAGCCUAUGAUUAUAAGGUAUAUAGAUUAAAAGUGCAUAAUCCAGAGAAAAUGUAGAAUCGUACUUUGAUAGUAUAAUUGUUACCAUAGAUUGGAAAUCCUAAAGUAGCUGUAGAUUGUGAUAUGUAAUUAUGAAUAUUCAAUAAUAGAGAACCAAAAUUAUUAGAUUAUUAUGAGUGGUAAACAGGAUCUUGGUUUAUGUAAUAACUCACAAUAUCAUACUAAGAAAGACAAGCAUUAAAUUGUACAGAUAAUGAAUUCUAUAUUGGUGUUUCUAGUGAAGUUGUAUCAGGCUACUAAUUAGUAACAUAUAUUUGGGAUGGCAUCCAAUAGUUGGACUAUAAUAUUCCAUUAAGGUAAAGUUAAAUUACAUAAUAGUGGUGAAUUAGUAGAGAAGGAAAUCCUAUAAUUUAAAUUGAAACCAAUCUAAACAACUGAAUAAAUUACUUUAUAGAUUACAGCAAAUUAAGUAGAAAAGUAUUUAAAGUAAUGUACAAGUGAGGAUUGUUAAAUUACUUAAAGUGAUUAUGAAGGCAAUGAUACUGAUACAUCUGCACAUAUUACUUAAUCUUCACUUUCUUUUGUUCAUACAAAUUGUUAAGAUUGUUUUUAUUUAAUUGGAUUAAAAAGUGAUAUGAAGACUCAAUUUCGUAUUCUAGCCAAACGAAAAGAAUAACAUAUUAUUUUAAGAGAAGGAGAAUAAGAACAAUUUCAUGUGGAAGAAGGAUUCUAUAUUUAUUAUCUAUAUAAUAUUCCAAAUGAUACUAAUAUCAAAAGUAUCAAAUUCUAAAUUACUUAAUAUAAUGGAACCUGUAUGAUGUUUGGUAGUUCAUCAGAAUAAUAUCCUAAUAUUACUAAUCAUGAAAUGAAGAGUUCUUCUUAAUUGAAAGCUAAUAAUACUACAACAUUUUAUUUAAGUGUAUAUGGUUAUACUCAAUGUUAAUAUGGUAUUUACACUUAAGUAGAAAGAUAUUAAACAAUCAAUUAAACUCAUUUUAUAUAACUUCAAAGUGGAGUACCACAAAAAUAUUUAUCUAGUGAUCAAUACAGUUUCUUUUAUAUAUAAUUACCUUAAAAAUAGAAUUUUACAAUUACAUUAUAAAAUAUUGAAGGCAACUUCAUUAUGUAUGUUAAGUCUAAUCUAAAGAAUAAAGAAAUACCAGAUAGUAAUAGUUAUUAAUGGAAGGAUACUAAAUAAAUUGAAAUAAAUAUUGAUGAUCCUAAUUAUGCAACACAAUAUUAUAUUGGAGUAUAGAGUUUAAAUUAAAAUGGUGAAUUCAUUAUCUAAUAUAGUAUGCAUGGAGAUAUUGAAUUUUAUCAAGUAGGAUAAUAGAUUAUAGGUACUGUAGCUGAGAAAAAGUUUAGAUAUUACAAACUACCUAUGCAAUCUAGAAAUCUCACUAUUACUAAAGAUAUUUACUCAGGCAAUGAUGUGGUUGAUUUAGAUAUGUUCAUAUCUUUUGAUUAAAAGAAUACACAUCCAAAUAUUAAACAUUAUAAUAUCUAUCUAAUUGGUAAGAAUUUAACUAUUCCUGAUUCGGAUUUAUAAUGUCAAUAAAAUACUUCUAAAAUUAAUGAUAAGAAUCUAUGCUAUAUUUAUAUAUCAGUAUCAUCAUCAUCAGGAACUAUCUAUUAUACAAUAUCUACAAAAUAUAAUAAUAGUAGAAUCUAAUUACAUGAAGGUUAUCCCCAAACUGUCACUUUUGAUUAAGAAACUCUAUUCUAUUAUAUCCUUAAUUAAAAAGAAAUCUCAGUAUAAUGGUAUUCUUAUGGAGGAAGUUAAGCAAAUAUCGAGGCUUAUUAUGGUAAUAAAGAUAAUUCAGAUUUGAAAUAUGAAACAUUCAAAUCACAUUCUUAUUUCACUUAAUUUUAAAGCAUAAUAGUCCCAGAAACUGAGAAAUAUUAAAUAUUGUAUAUUCAUGUUUAACCUAUCGAACCUCAUUAUCAAAAUGAUACAUACACUAUUGGUAUUUAUGAAGAUGUACAAUUAUUAACUUUAUCAGAUCCUAUCAUAGAUAAAGUUUAAAAAGGAUAAACAAAAUAUUAUAAACUUAGUUUAACAUAAGAUGUUAAAUCAAUUGAAGUUAAUAUUCAUGUCAAAGGUGGUGGUGAAGAUCUUGCAAUUCCAAGAAUCUCUAAAGGAAGAGACAAAAGACCAAGUCUAUAUGAAUUUGAUUUAUAUUGGGUAGAAAUAAUUGGAUCAACUUAUAUUCUUUCAGAAUAAAAUAAUCGUUAUUUGGAAAAAGAUGAUUAUAUAAUAGGAGUUUUUGGUUAAAUUGAUUGUGAAUAUUAAAUUAGUUACAAUCUUGAUGAUGCUAAAUUUUUUAAUGCUUUUCUAGGUUUUCCAUUUGAUGUACUAUUUGUUGAAAAUAUACCUUAUAAUUAUAUUUUUAGAGAUAAUCCAAAUGAUAAAGAAUUUAGAAUUAUAGUAUUUGCAAUAUAAGGGAAAUUAUAAAUAAGAGCAAAAAGAUUGGAUUCUAAUGAUUAUGAUGAAACUGUCAUUAAUAAUAAUGAUACUUUAUUUAUAAAUGAAAUUAUUGAUAAACAAAACUCAUAUUUAGUAAAGACAUGUAAAAAUGUUAGUUGCAUUUAUUUAAUUGAAAUUACUGCUAUUUCAGGUGAUAGUAAAGGUUUAAUAGAAUUUAGCAGUCAUCUAUAUUAAACUACUUUAUAUGAUGGUCUCUAAUGGAGAGAAAUUUUGUAUGAAUCAGAGACUUCUCAAUAUCACUUUUAUUCACAUGAAAAUGUUCAAAUUAGUAUUUAAAUGAUAAGUGGUGAUAUCAAAUUAUAUUUGAAAGAAGGAUAAGAAUUAAAACAUAAUGAUGAAGCUGAUUUAACAUAAAGAGUAUAAAAUGAUACUUAAAUUAUAUUCAAAAAAAAGAAUAUUAAUACAUCAUUAAUUACAAUUAAGGCUGAAUCAUUAGCACCAAUUUCUAUAUUUAAGAUUAGUGCAGCCAGAUUCUAUAAAUAAACUUAUACUAUUCAUUUGGGUUAGAUGAUGACUUAUUAUAUUAAAGCACAAGAUACUAUUUAAUUGUAAUAUCAAUCUAUUACUUAAUUAAUUAAUAAUCAAUCAAAAUUCAUCACUUUAUAAAUUUAAAAUAUUCAUUAAUCCAUAGAUAAUCUAUAUAUUGAUAUUAGUCAUAAUUCUAUUAAACCUAUUAAUUAUUUUAAUAAAUAUCCAAAAGCUAUUUCAUAUUAUUUAUAUGAUUAAUUUGGUUUGUAUGAUAUUUCAAUCAAAGCUUUACAUAAUAAUACAUAUAUUAGAGUAAUCAUUACAAAUGGUGAAUUAAAUGCUUUAAUUGAUAGUAUAUCACAAUAUUAAUUAACUAAAAUUGGAUAACCAAAUUAUUAUGAAAUAUUUUUAUAAUCAAAAUCAAAAUUACUCUUGGAAGUCUUCACUUGUUCAGGAUCUAUUUUAGUAUAAGGUACAAAAAAUUAAACUAAUCUUGCCAAAUAAAUAUUUGAAAUUCAAGUAAUGAAUUCAUCUCAAGAACACAUUCAAUCAAUCUUAUAACUUGAAGCAGGUACAUACUAUUUCUUAGUCAAAUUAAUAUCAAGUCAUACUUAAGAUGAUAAUAAAAAUAAAAUUUCAUCAUAUUAUAUUAAGUAACAAACAUUUGAUUAUGGAGAAAUAAUUCCUUAAACAUCAUUCUAAAUAAGUAACAAAUCUAUAGAUUGGUACAAAGUUGAUAAUAAUUUAAUAAUCCAUAUACCAAAUUUAAUCUAAGUAAAAAAAGAUAUUACAAUAAUCCACAUUUCAUUUAUUGUUAGAAUGUAAUAAGCAAUUGGUGAGAAGAGUCUUGCAUGUAUGUUUGAAUCUAAUUAUGUUAAUAACAAGACCAAUGUUUAUGGUAAAUAUACUUAGGUUGUGGAAUAAAGCACAUAAAGUAAUAUAACAACUGUUACUUUUGCUACAAAAGACCAAUAAGCUAAGUAUUUAAGUGUAGUUGGAAAAGUAUAAUUGUAAAUAGAAAAUGAAAUAGAAGAACUUACAUAUCCGUUACCAAUUAUAGAAAUGAAUUAUACUAACAAUUAGCAGGAAUCCACCUAACAAUGGGUCUUAUUAGGUAUAUUUCUGACUAUCUUGCUUAUCACUGGGUUCUUUAUAUACUUUAAUAUUAAGAAAUAAGUGCAUCAUUAAAACCAUAACACACUCAAUAUUGAAAUGAAUUAUUAAACAUUUAAUAAUUGAUGAAAUAAACCCACUUUAAGAAUCUUUCCAUCUUGGUCCUAGUUCUCUAUGGUCUUAAUUAUGUUGUUGACUUGCUCACCACAUAAUUUUAAAAUGUAUUUUAUGUUACCAAUACUAGAUCUAUUAUCUAAAACUUCUAGUUUUGUUGAUAAUCGUUAAGAAACUUCUAGAGUUACCAAUAUCUAGAUAUGUAUCAUAAACAACAGGAUAUGUGAUGAAUUUGUAUAUACCCAAAAUUUUAAGGUAUUAUUACAUACAUUAUGUUAGAAUACCCAUUUACACAAUAUUCAGUGAAAUCUAUAAAGUAAGAAGAUAAGACAUGAUAUAUCCAUUGACUUAUUACUAAACAUUCAAUAAAUUCUUUACUAGACAAAUUAAACCAAGAAAAAUUGAAUGUGGAAUGAUUAGUCCUGCUGACUCAAAGAUCUUAUCCAUAAGUAAAGUCACUAAGAAUGAAUGUUUACUUGUAAAAAGAGUUACAUAUUAAAUUGGAUAAUUUUUAACAGGUAUCAAAGGAUAUGAGAUGGAAUUCAAAAAAAAAUAAGAAUGUUCAAAUCUUUGGUCAUGUAUUUUUUAUCUUGCUCCUGGUGAUUAUCAUCGAUACCAUUGUCCUGUUGAUUUUAUUGCUAGAAGUAGAUUACAUAUCCCAGGGAAAUUAGCACCUGUUAAGGAAAGUAGUCUUAAACAAGUAUAUAUACUUUUUGAAAUAAUCAAUUAGGGAUUAUAUGAAGGAAAUGAAAGAGUGGUUCUAGAAGGAGAAUGGGAACAAGGACUGAUGUACAUUAUAUUCAUUGGUGCAACUAAUGUAGGCUCAAUGAAGGUUAAUUUUGAUUCUGAUUUGAUUACUAAUACAAACACGUAUCAUAAAAGUGGCUAUAGAAAUUAUUAGAAUUUAAGUGUUAAUGCUCCUUAUUAAUCUAGUGAAAAAGGUGUUCAUAUUAAAAAGGGAUAGGAAAUAGGAAGAUUUGAAAUGGGUACUAUUCAAAUUGAUUAUUUUAAUAGGAUCUACAGUUGUAAUUAUUUUUGAAAGUACAUCUAUUGAAUGGAAUGCUAAAGCUUAAUAAAAGGUUUAUUUCGGACAAUAAGUUGCUUCUUAUUGAC